GUUUUCCUCACUGAUUCAGGCUUUCACUGUUGUUAGACCUUGACGUGAAUCAGUUCUUGCUACUUCAGCAGGGCUGCUGGAACUUCCUCACUGUGUCCUAAUAGACUGUAUGAUUGUGCUAGGUCAGCCAUUACACAGGAACACAGAUGUGGUGGAAGGUUCCUGACACCUCCUGGCUCAGUACCCGCUCUGUCUUUGCAGACCUCUAAGGAGGACAUUAUGGAGGUGGUGGCCUAUGGGCCCAGCUACACCACCAACCAGGUCAGGGUGCAGGUGAAGCAGGCUGACGACACCGUCCAGUAUCUGUCUGAGUGUGCAGCUGAUUUCACUCUGAGACUAUGUGAGGCACUCAGGAUGCGAGCCCUGCAGAAAGGCACGUUGGAGAAGGUGGAGGGGUCCCUGGUACCAGCUUUCCCGGCUGGAAACAUCCCCCACAUCUGCACCCUGAUGCCCACCCACCCGGCCUUCUCCAGAGCCCAGUGGUUCCCGGACGAGCUGUUAACUAGGUGA